GCGAAUUACGAUGGCGGCCGCAAGAUCAUGCCCGAGGUGCGCAAGCUUUUCCGCGCCAUGACAUCCAAAGGCCUACACGUGCCAAACCUCAAUGAGCAUGUUCACCCGGAGAUACUGGUUCCGACCAUGAUUUCAGAGAAGCGCCGCGCGCACUACCAGGGCUACAACACAG